AUGAAGAUGUUAGGCCUGCUCUGGGACGCGAAGUCUGAUGAUCUACAGUACAAAGUGACGAUCGAAAAAUUUGCAAAAAAUACAAAGCGUCUGGUGCUGUCCAAGAUAGCCCAAAUAUUUGACCCACUAGGAUUGUUGGGACUAGUGGUUAUCGUAGCAAAAUGUAUCAUGCAAUCAAUGUGGAAGUUAAAAACACGCUGGGACGAAGCUCUUCCGCCGGAAUUGCAGGCUAAGUGGAACGAAUAUUACAGCUUGCUGCAGCAAAUAAACGACGUAAGAAUUCAGAGGAAUAUCAAUCCUAAUAACGAAGAUUGCAAGUUUGAUCUCUUCGGCUUUGGAGAUGCAUCAGAAAGGGCAUAUGGUGCUUGUCUCUAUGCCGUUUCUCAAAGUGCCAAAGAAACAACGGAGUCGCAUCUAAUUUGUUCAAAGAGUAGAGUCGCACCUCUAAAAACGAUCUCGUUACCAAGACACGAGCUCAACGCAGCGCUCUUUCUGGCCAAGUUGUGUGAUACAACAAGAAACGCUUAUGGUAACAAGAUUCGGAACGUUCACCUUUGGAGUAAUUUCACUGUAGUGCUCAGUUGGAUUGCCAAGUCUCCAAAAGUCAGGAAAACUUAUAUGGCUAAUAGGAUCUCCAAAAUCCAAAAUCUAUCGCAUGACGUGACCUGGCGUCACGUCCCUUCCAAAGAGAAUCCUGCGGAUCUGCUUUCAAGAGGAAUCAUCGUGGAGACGUGGAGAAACGAUCAGUUAUGGUGGCACGGGCCUCAGUGGCUCGUAACUGGUCAAUGGCCUCAGACACCAGCAAUAGGUAUCGAUACGUCCGAAAUGAAAACAAUAACGUUGCUUACACAAAAGAGGCUAAAUUAUGACAUACUGCAAAGAUUUUCCGAGUACGAGAAACUUCAAAGAGUAAUUGCUUACUGGUUGAGAUUCAAGGCCAAUGCCUUAGGUGCCAAAAAAAGAGGUUUCUUACAGUUGGAGGAGCUCGAGCAUGCUGACACAAACAUCGCGAAAAUGGUACAGUGUGAAAUCUUUUUAUCUGAGUUGCAAGUUCUUGAGAAAGGACAGCAGGUACUCAAGGGAAGCAGACUGACGCCGUUAAGCCCCUUUCUGGAUAAGGAAGGAGUGAUAAGAGUAAGGAGGGCGGUUGUCAAAAGCAGAGGUGUCCGAGACUCAAAGACACCCGACAGUAUUACCAGCUAA